AUGUCCUCCAGCAGCAAGCGAUCAGGCCGAAGUUCCGGCAGCGGCUCGUCUUCCUCCAAGGGCAAGAAGCGAGACCAGACGGGCGCUAGGCAUGACACGCCAGAGCCGGGGCCAGAGCUCAAAUUCUUCAUGUACUCGGACCCGGCCGAGGCCAAGACGGCCGACAACAAGAAGCUCGUCCGGUCACACGUGGCCCGCACAUCGCACGCCAAGAGCAGGCGGUCGAGGGAGGCUGGCGAGGGCUCCAGCAAGGACCCACAGUCUUCUGGGUAUUUCCAGCCGGAGCACCUGGCUUAUUACGACGACGUGGGCGGUGAUGGGCAGAUCGAAUCGUCCCUGUACUCAGCAUCGUCAUCAUCCGUGACAUACCAGAGGCCCACGGGAAGCGCAACGCAGGGCUACUCCUCCUAUUCCUCCUCCUUCUCCUACUCUGCCCAGGUCCCUCAGAGCUCCGCCUUUACUGGCCAGCUCUCGUCAUGGGAACAGUACCUUCUCGACCACUAUAUAACAAUUUUAAUACCCAGCCGCCACAACCCCUGCGACCACCCACGGCAUUCCAUCGACGUCGCCUUGUACCGACGCAGCAUGACAACCCACUGGGUCAACUUCUGCCUGACGGACCUGGGCCUCCUCCAGGGCAUCUUUCUUGCGUCGUGUCGAAACCUUGUGAAGUCACAGCGCAGGUCCGGCAACCACCAGGAGGCCGACAUGUACGAGCAGCGGGCCCUGCAGUAUAAAGGAGAGUGUCUGCGCUCCAUGCGUGAGGCCAUGCCUGAAGCUGGCCAGCCCGUCACGGAUAACGUGAUCGGAAUGACUUUGUUUUUCGCAUUCAAUGAGUACAUGGCAGGAGACUACAACGAGGCCCGAAAGCACAUGUCGGCAUGUGAAUACAUGGUUGACAUGAAAGGAGGAUACCACACCUUGGGUCUGGAGGGCUUCCUCUCGCAGCUCAUACAAUGGUUCAAGCAGGAGCUGGCCCAAGCUGGUGGGUCGAGCAGCAGCAGCAGCAGCAGCAGCAGGGGAUCGGGCAAGAGGCGGGGUUGA